UAAUGAAUCUCAAUGACAAGAGAGAGGAGGAUGUUCACACACAUACAGAAACUUCUCCAGAGCUCAGCUGCGUGUCUUUGAAGAGUCAUCAAUCCAUGCCUGUUCCCCUAAAGUUCAGUGAUGGAUCUGGGACUGUUGAACCUGAAGAUUGGCAAAGCGGCUGUGUGUCUGUAAGGAGUGAUCAGUCCAUGCCUCUUCCCCUUGUGUUCAGUGAUGGAGUCGAGUCUUCUGACCCUGAGGUGAAGAGAGAUGUGUUAGUGACUCAUCCCUGCACUGACUCUGACUGUCAGAACCUCAUCAGUCAGAGAGUCAAAGAUAAACACAAAACCAGCAUGAAAAGGAAGUAUGAGAAAUUGUUUGAGGGAAACAAACCAGAAGAGAACCAAACCCUCCUGAACAGCAUCUACACACAGCUCUACAUCAUAGAGGGAGAGAGUGAAGGAGUGAAUGAAGAACAUGAGGUUUUACAGAUGGAGAAAACAGACAGAACACAAGACACUCCAAUCUACUGCAAUGACAUCUUUAAACCCCUAAAUAAACCAGAGCAUGAGGAGAAAGACCAAAAGAAGACUGUUCUCACUAAAGGCAUCGCUGGAAUUGGAAAAACCGUCUCGGUGCAGAAGUUCAUUCUAGACUGGAGUGAAGGAAAAGCCAGUCAGGAUGUAGAUUUCAUGUUUGUGCUUCCAUUUCGAGAGCUGAACUUGAUUAAAGAUCACCAGUACAGUCUUCACAGACUUCUGCUGGACUUUCAUCCUGAACUUCAAGAUCUGGACUCAGACAUGUAUGAGGAGUGUAAAGUCGUGUUCGUCUUUGAUGGUCUGGAUGAAAGCAGAAUCCCACUGAAGUUUUCAGACGUUGAGAGAGUUAGUGAUGUGAAUGAGUCUUCAUCAGUGGCUGUGUUGAUGUCAAACCUUAUCAGAGGAGAUCUGCUUCCCUCUGCUCUCAUCUGGAUCACCUCCAGACCAGCAGCAGCCAAUCAGAUCCCCUCAAUAUACAUCCACCGUCUGACAGAAAUUCUGGGAUUCAAUGAGCUUCAGAAGGAGGAAUAUUUCAGGAAGAGAAUCAGUGAUGUGGGUCAAGCCAGACGAAUCAUCUCCCACAUCAGAAGAUCCAGAAGCCUCCACAUCAUGUGCCACAUACCCGUCUUCUGCUGGAUCUCAGCCACUGUGCUUCAGAAGCUCCUGAAUGAAGAUGACAGAGCAGAAAUCCCUCAAACUCUGACUGAAAUGUACAUCCACUUCCUGCUGACUCAGAUCAACAUGAGGAACCAGAAGUAUGAAGAGAGAGAUCCAGAGAAACUCCUGAAGUCCAGCAGAGACGUGAUUGUGAAACUUGCUGAACUGGCUCACAAACAACUGAUGAAGGGCAAUGUGAUAUUCUAUGAAGAGGACCUGAUUGAGAGCAGCAUAGACAUCACAGACGCCUCAGUGUAUUCUGGGAUUUGCACUGAGAUCUUUAAAGUGGAAUCUGUGAUUCAUCAGAGGAAAGUCUACAGCUUCAUUCAUUUAAGCUUUCAGGAGUUUCUCGCUGCUUUCUAUGUGUUUAACUCACAAUUAGUUGAGAAUGAGAUAAACUUUUUUUUGCACUCUCGACAUCAGUUGUACAGUCAUUGCAACCUUUUGUAUAAGCGUGUAAAAUCAGCAGUUGAUGAAUCCUUGCAGAGUGAAAAUGGACAUCUGGAUUUGUUCCUGAGGUUUCUGCUGGGUAUCUCACUGGACUCCAAUCAGAGACUUUUAAAGGAUUUAUUGACUUGCACGGAGAAGAGCUUAGAAACCAUCAAGAGAAUCACACGGUACAUUAAAGAUAAAAUCAAAGGUAAUGAACAAAUUUCAGCUGGCAAAUGCAUCAAUCUGUUCCUCUGUCUGCUGGAAAUGAAGGAUCAGACUCUGUACGGAGAGAUUCAGGACUUUGUGAAAUCACAGAAUCCCUCAGUGAAGAAUCUCUCUCCAUCUCACUGCUCAACUAUCAUCUACAUGCUUCAGAUAUCAGAGGAGGCACUGAAUGAGUUUGAUCUGAAGAAAUACAACACAUCAGAUGAGGGCCGAAGGAGACUGAUACCAGCUGUGGUGAACUGCAGAAAAGCUCUACUUGCUGGCUGUAAUCUCACUGAUCAGUGUUGUGAAACUUUGUCUUCAUCUCUACAAUCUUCAAACUCACUGAUAGAGCUGGACCUGAGUAACAAUGACCUGCAGGAUUCUGGGGUGAAGCUUCUCUCUGAUGGACUGAGGAGUUCACACUGUCAACUGGAGAUACUGAGAUUGAUGAGUUGUAAUCUCACUAAUCAGUGCUGUGAAAGUCUGUCUUCAUCUUUACAAUCGUCAAACUCAAUAAGGGAGCUGGACCUGAUUAACAAUGACCUGCAGGAUUCAGGGGUGAAGCUGCUCUCUAAUGGACUGAAGAGCUCACACUGUCAACUGGAGAUACUGAGAUUAUCUGGCUGUAUGGUGACUGAGGAAGGCUGUUGUUUUCUGGCUUCAGCUCUGAGAUUAAACCCCUCACACCUGAGUGAGCUGGAUCUGAGCUACAAUUACACAGGACAAUCUUUAGUGGAGCUGCUCUGUGAUUCAAAAUACAGACUGGACACGCUCAAUGUGGAUCAUGGAGGAGACUUCAGGAUCACAACAGGACCACAGAAAUAUAUCUGUGAUCUCACAUUGGAUGUAAACACAGCACACACUAAACUCGCUCUGUCUGAGGGGAACAGAACGGUGACACGUGUGAAGAAGAAGCGGUCAUAUCCUGUUCGUUCAGAGAGAUUUGAUGAGUGUCUUCAGGUUCUGUCCAGAGAGAGUCUGACUGGACGCUGUUACUGGGAGGCUGAAUGGAGUGGGAACAUUUCCAUAUCAGUGGUAUAUAAUGGUAUAAGCAGGAAAGAAUGGAGUGAUGAUAGUUUGUUUGGAUUUAAUGAAAAGUCCUGGAGUGUGAUCUAUUGUAAUGGCAGUUUUACUGUUGGACAUAAUGACAAAAGCACAGAAAUACAUGUCCCUCACUGCUCUAACAGAGCAGGAGUGUAUCUGGACCGGACAGCUGGCACUCUGUCCUUCUACAGUGUCUCUGACACGCACACACUCACACACUUACACACAUUUAAAACCAAAUUCACUGAAACACUCUAUGCUGGAAUUGUUUUUUUUUCUGAUGGUUCAGUGUCUCUAUGUGGAAUUAAACAGCUUCCACAGAGAAAGAGCUGAACUAUCUAUGGGCUCUGACACACAUUCAGCACCAUUUUCACCAAACCACUCUGUUGGGUUUGGAGUUUGUUCUUCUGGUAAAGCAGUGUUUUUUUGUGACAUCUGAUAUUUCUUCUGGGUGGCACGGUGACUCAGUGGUUAGCACUGUUGCCUUACAGCAAGAAGGUCGCUGGUUUGAGUCCCGGCUGGGCCAGUUGGCAUUUUUGUGUGGAGUUUUCAUGUUCUCCCCUUGUUAGUGUCUGUUUCUGCUGGGUGCUCUAAUUUCCCCCACAGU